UUUUUUGUUUCUCUCUCUAGUUUCUCUCUCAUAUAUAUAGACACAAAAAACCUUGGAUCUAUUUUUUUUUUUUGUUUAGUCUCUCACUCAUUCAUUCAAGGUGAGAGAUGUCUUCGCUGAGUAGAGAGCUUGUAUUUUUGAUACUGCAGUUUCUGGAUGAGGAGAAAUUCAAAGAUGCUGUUCACAAAUUGGAGCAAGAAUCUGGGUUUUACUUUAACAUGAGGCAUUUUGAUGAAAUGGUGGGGAAUGGAGAAUGGGAUGAAGUGGAAAAGUACUUAUCUGGGUUCACUAAGGUUGAUGAUAAUAGAUACUCCAUGAAAAUUUUCUUCGAGAUCCGAAAGCAAAAGUAUCUUGAAGCUCUGGAUAGGAAUGACCGUUCUAAAGCUGUUGAGAUCCUAGUUAAGGACUUGAAGGUGUUUUCGGCGUUUAAUGAAGAGCUUUUCAAAGAAAUAACACAACUUUUGACUCUUGACAACUUUAGGGAUAACGAGCAAUUAUCUAAAUAUGGCGAUACUAAGUCUGCUAGGGGUAUAAUGCUUCUGGAACUCAAGAAAUUGAUAGAAGCAAAUCCCCUUUUUCGUGAUAAGCUGACCUUUCCUUCCUUGAAGAAUGCAAGACUGCGGACAUUAAUCAACCAGAGUUUGAACUGGCAGCAUCAGCUUUGUAAGAGCCCGAAGCCUAAUCCUGACAUAAAGACCUUAUUUGUGGACCAUUCUUGCGGUCCUUCACAGCCAAAUGGUGCACGUGCUCCGUCCCCUGUUACUCAUCCACUCAUGGGAGCUGUUCCAAAGUCGGGGGUUUUUCAAGCUCUGGGUCCUCAUGGUGUAACUCCUUUCCAGCAAGCACCUGCUCCUCUGCAAAACGCUCUUGCUGGGUGGAUGACUAAUCCUUCCCAAGUCUCUCAUCCUUCUGCAUCUGCUGGACCAAUAGGUUUUACCACUCCAAAUAAUGCAGCAGCAGCAGCUAUGCUAAAGCGUCCGAGGACUCCUACAAAUAACUCAACAGUAGACUAUCAAACAGCUGACUCGGAGCACAUGUUAAAGAGAUCAAGACCUUUUGGUGUAUCAGAUGAAGUAAAUAAUAUGCCUAUCAAUAUUUUGCCUGGUGGAUACUCCGGACAAAGCCAUGCGCAAAGUUCCUACUCAUCAGAUGAUUUGCCCAAGGCUUUUGUCAUGACUCUAAAUCAGGGUUCAGCAGUCAAGAGUAUGGAUUUCCAUCCGGUGCAGCAGAUUUUGCUUCUUGUUGGUACUGGCACAGGAGAGAUUAUGCUUUGGGAAUUGGGUUCUAGGGAGAGGAUUGCUAACAGAAAUUUCAAGAUUUGGGAUCUUUCACAAUGUUCAGUGGCUCUACAGGCAUCUAUGGCAAGUGAGUACUCUGCAUCAGUUAACCGUGUAAUGUGGAGUCCUGAUGGCACUCUGUUUGGCGUUGCAUUCUCUAAGCACCUUGUGCACGUCUACUCAUAUCACGGUGGCGAUGAUCUUAGAAACCAUCUUGAGAUUGAGGCUCAUUCAGGAAGUGUCAACGAUCUUGCCUUUUCCUUCCCUAAUAAACAGAUUUGUAUCGUAACCUGUGGGGAUGACAGGCUUAUUAAGGUGUGGGAUGCAGUGUCAGGGGCUAAGCAAUAUACUUUUGAGGGCCAUGAGGCACCAGUCUAUUCAGUAUGUCCACAUCACAAAGAAAGUAUUCAGUUUAUCUUCUCAACUGCAAUUGAUGGGAAAAUAAAGGCGUGGUUAUACGAUAACAUGGGUUCAAGAGUUGACUAUGAUGCACCAGGUCAUUCAUCAACCACAAUGGCCUAUAGUGCUGAUGGAACAAGGUUAUUCUCAUGUGGGACUAACAAAGAAGGAGAGUCAUAUCUUGUUGAAUGGAAUGAAAGUGAAGGAGCUGUAAAGCGUACAUUUAGUGGUCUGGGGAAGCGUGCAGGUGGGGUAGUGCAAUUUGACACUACUAAAAACAGAUUUUUGGCAGCUGGUGAUGAAUUCACGAUCAAAUUUUGGGAAAUGGACAGUGUUAACUUACUGACAACUACUGACGCUGACGGUGGCUUACCGGCUUCUCCUUGCCUCCGAUUUAACAAGGAAGGAAUGUUGUUGGCUGUUUCGACAAGUGACAAUGGGCUAAAAAUCUUAGCAAAUGCAGAUGGUGUUAGGCUUUUAAGAUCCAUGGAAAAUCGCCCAUUUGAUCCUUCUAGAGUAUCUUCUGCUUCUGCGGUGAAGCCCUCCACGGUGGGAAGUUUUGGGCCUCCUAGCACUUCUGUUGCUGCAAGCUUUGUAGAUCGAGCAGUGCCAAUGGCAUCCAUGAAUGGUGAAAGUCGCAAUUUAGGUGAUGCAAGGCCAAGAGCUGCAGAAGAGCCUGUUGAUAAAUCUAAAAUCUGGAAACCAACUGAAAUUAAUGAUCCAUCACAGUGUAGAUCCUUGAAGCUUCCUGACAGUGCAACAGCACCGAAGGUUACAAGGUUGAUAUAUACAAAUUCAGGAUACGCUAUAUUGGCAUUAGCUGCCAAUGCUGUGCACAAACUUUGGAAAUGGCCCAGAAAUGACCGACACCCGACAGGGAAGGCUAAUGCAAGUAUUGUCCCACAACUAUGGCAACCUGCAAGUGGGACACUGAUGACAAAUGAUACUAAUGACACAAAUCCUGAAGAGGUUGUUCCGUGUUUUGCACUCUCAAAGAAUGACUCCUACGUCAUGUCAGCUUCUGGAGGGAAAAUAUCGUUGUUCAAUAUGAUGACUUUUAAGACUAUGACAACAUUUAUGCCCGCCCCACCCGCAGCAACCUUUUUGGCAUUUCAUCCUCAAGAUAACAAUGUUAUUGCCAUAGGAAUGGAUGACUCCUCCAUCCAAAUAUAUAAUGUCCGAGUUGACGAGGUAAAGACAAAGCUCAAAGGACAUCAGAAAAGAAUAACUGGGCUUGCUUUUUCGAAUUCUCUCAACGUGCUUAUAUCUGCAGGAGCAGAUUCUCAGCUGUGUGUUUGGAGCAGUGAUUCCUGGGAGAAGCAAACAAGCAAAUACUUGCAGAUUCCUGCUGGGCGUGCAGCUGCUCCUCAAGCAGAUACUCGUGUACAAUUUCACCAGGAUCAGACACAAUUGUUGGUAGUGCACGAAACACAGAUAGCCAUAUUUGAAGCUCCUAAACUGGAGUGCCUCAAACAGUGGGUACCUAGAGAAGUAACUGGGCCAAUUACACAUGCAACAUAUUCUUGUGAUAGCCAGUCUAUAUUUGUUAGUUUUGAAGAUGCAAGUGUAGGUGUUCUCAGUGCUUAUACACUGCGAUGGAGAUGUCGGAUCAAUCCUACUUCAUACCUUCCCGCUAAUCCAAGUGCAAGGGUGCAUCCACUUGUUAUUGCUGCACAUCCAUCUGAUCCGAAUCAGUUUGCAUUGGGACUAAACGAUGGUGCUGUAGUUGUACUUGAGCCGCUUGAGGCUGAAGGUAAAUGGGGAAUGUUGCCCCCAGCUGAAAAUGGUACUGGGCCAAGCACUUCAGGUGCUGCAAAUUCAGAUCAACCUCAGAGGUAGUUACCUCAUGCACAUGCUGGCAGUUUUCGUUGAAAGGACGAGUGUAUGUACUGCAUUGUGUUGUUUUUCAACGCCCCUCCAUUACAAUUUUCUUGGAAGGGGAGAAGCUUCUAGAUUAGCCAGUGUAGUUAAUAGAAAGCUGAAUUUAGAUAAUGUAGAGUUUGUUUAGUAGGGUUACAUCAGUUCACCGAUAAUGUUCGUGGACGUGUAAAUGUAGUAGAGGGUCAGUAAUCUGGAAAUCCUAAUUAUAGUUGGAGAUAUGAACAAUUACCUUUGUCAAUGGUUCGUUUUAGCUUUACUAAA